AUGGCGGGCCGAUUCGAGAAGCCGUUUGAGCCCCAGCGUCCCGGCUCUGGCCGCGCCGCGCUAAGCAAGUCGGCGACCAUCUCGGCGUUCUCGUCGGCGGAGGAUGCGACCAAGGCGCGCUCGGGCAGCGUGUCGAAGCGCUGGCAGCCGUCGGUGCUUGCGCACGACCAGCUGUCCAAGAAGCCCGAUCUGCCCUCGAGCGCACCGGUGCUGCGCAAGACGCCCGCGUCGAAGGACUGGCUCACUGGCGAUGCGUCGGACGACGACGAAAAGCGCGCGCCCGCACCCAAGCAAAAGAUCAUCGCCACGCCGCUGCGCGCGCCCGAACAGCCGGAUGAUGUGGGUGGGCAGGAGAUCGAGGACGACGAGCAGUCGUCUGACGACGACGCCGCCGAGCCCGAGGAGGCAAGUGCACAGCGGCCCGACAUUCCACCGCGACUCAGCGCGGACCGACUAUCUUCCUUUACUGCUUCCGCACCGUCCGAGUCGGACACGAGCGCAUCCGCCAAGCCUGAGCGGCCACGCAUCGUGCCCGGGCGCGUCAAGGCACCUUCGUGGCUGGUGGACGCCGUGGACUCGCCGACUGCAGCCGAGCGCUUGAUAUCGCCGUCAAGCGCACACGCCGGUCCGCUAUCGCCCGGUGGUGACAUUACCGACGCGAGUGCAGCCGAGCAGCUCGAUGCGGCUGCCCUUAGCGCACAGCACCAGCUGGAAGAACUCCUGCGCGGUCCGUCGGACGCUGCCACCCCUCCCGCUGCCACCCCUCCCGUCGCCGCCGCCGCCGCCGCCGUUGAUCAAGAGGUGAGCCCGGUAGUGCCGUCUGCCAAAGUCAAGGCGCCCGCAUGGGACGAUCAAGACGACGACGAGAUGCACAAGCUCGCACAGCCCAUGCGAGCCGGUACGAAAAAGCUGGUGGACGUUGCCACGUCGCCGGUCGACGAUGUCGUGCCGCGCAUGGCGUCGCUCCAUGUGGCCGACGCACCGCCCGCGCGACCGGCGAGCAUUGUAGCGCAGCGGUCGCAGCAGUUUACCGCCUCGCCGGGCGAGCCGAGGCGACCCACGCCCAUUCGGCCCAAAAAGGGCGAGGGUCUGACGAGGUGGUCCGCCGCCACGUCUAGCAAAGUCGCAGCUAAGGUCCGAGUCGAUGGACCGGGCACCCAACGCGUCUCGUCACGAGACUCGAGCGUUGGCGGGAUGAAGCCAUGGGAGCGCGAAGCCGCUCUUUCUGCAGCAGCCCUGCACUCGAGCGUGGUGAAAAACACGGCGCUACCACCCGCAUCCACCUCGCUCCACACCUCUUCCUCCCCCCUUACUGCGGAUCCUACCGCGGAUCCUACCGCGGAUCCUACCGGGGAGCAAGUCGAGACCGACCGCUUCAAUGGCGUCUCGAGCCUCAUCUCGCGCUGGCAGCACAAUGUCGAAUCCAACGCGCCCGGUUGGGGCCACGUCGGCACCCCCCGUCGCUAG